AUGCCUCCCCGUUUGUCUAUUUCCGCUUCACCCAACCUCCCACCGAACCCAGCACCUCCCCGAUACAUCAACAAGACGCAGAAUGAGAUCAUUGCCUCUAUGACCUCAGGAAAACCACUUAUUCACUACCACCCUGCCCCUGCUGGUGGGCACCCGCCCAUUGUCCGAGUACCAAACAACAAGUCGGUUUGGGAUGAAUCAUUGUGGAACACAUCGGAGGUCUCUGAUGCACAACGUGGAACCAAGGGCGAAUGCCAGAAGAAAUUUUGUCUAGACGACAAGGAUAUGCUCGACUUGUGCUGGAUAGACGGACCAGUUAAUAUAUACGGCAGAGCAUCGCACAUGUACUUGUUAGUUGAAGUAGAACGUCGUGCAUGGGAGAAGUACGGGGGCCCGCAAGGACUGAAGGCUCACCGAAAAUUGCCUAUACCCGAGCGGAAAGCUGCCAAACUCAUGGCUCGUAAGUUACACAAAGAACUUCAACUCGCCGUCCCAUCAGCCGUUGCCGAGGCAGGCCAACCAAAUAGUCCAACUAAUCAACAAACUGCAAGAAGACGGGCGCAUCGAAGAAGAUUUUCAGAUGCGUCUGUCGACUACGUUGAAAUAAUAUCACAGCGUAACGUCCCUGGGCCGUCGUCUUCACCAAUCUCGGCGGUCAACACCUCGUCACCUGCAUCUGCGCCAUAUACAUCUCCUCCAGAUACUCCUGGACCCUCUACGCCUGUUCGUACACCGAAAUCUAAUAGACACGUCAGGAAACCAUACAAUACCCCCAUUCGCCGUGGAGGUCAUCAAUCAUCUUGCAGUCCAAUUAAAAGCGACUCGAGGCGUGUUGAGAUCGACUUGACGAUUGAACCUGAAGAUGAUGUUUUCUCGCGCUUCCAUACCGAACAAGAUAUAAUCGAAAUAUCCGACUAA